UGCUCCGCCCCCUCCUCCUCCUUCGCCGUCGCGGCCGUCGCCGAGGCCCGGAGGGAGGGAGCCGCGUUCCCGCCCGCUGCGCCGCCAGUCUCACCCUCGGUCGCACCGCGUGAGGAGCCAGCCGAGCGGAGCACUGCGCGGAGACCCGAGUCGCGGUCGCCCCUCUGCAGGUGCCUGUGAGGAGGCGCCUGGGCCGCAGCCGAGUCCCGAUCCCGCCGGCCGCGCACUCGCUCCCCGCGCUCCGAGGGACGGCCCGGCUGGAGGAGGCCGUUGCGGGCCAGGCCUCAGGAUGAACCGCAGCCACCGGCACGGAGCGGGCAGCGGCUGCCUGGGCACCAUGGAGGUGAAGAGCAAGUUUGGAGCUGAAUUUCGUCGGUUUUCACUGGAAAGAUCAAAACCUGGAAAGUUUGAGGAGUUUUAUGGAUUACUGCAACAUGUUCAUAAGAUACCCAAUGUUGACGUUUUAGUAGGCUAUGCAGACAUCCAUGGAGAUUUACUACCUAUAAAUAACGAUGAUAAUUAUCACAAAGCUGUUUCAACGGCCAACCCACUGCUUAGGAUUUUUAUACAAAAAAAGGAAGAAGCAGACUACAGUGCCUUUGGUACAGACACACUAAUAAAGAAGAAGAAUGUUUUAACCAAUGUGUUGCGUCCUGACAACCAUAGAAAAAAGCCACACAUAGUCAUUAGUAUGCCCCAGGACUUCAGACCUGUGUCUUCUAUUAUAGACGUGGAUAUUCUCCCAGAAACACAUCGUAGGGUCCGUCUUUACAAAUAUGGCACUGAGAAACCCCUAGGAUUCUACAUCCGGGACGGCUCCAGUGUCAGGGUGACACCCCAUGGCUUAGAGAAGGUCCCAGGGAUCUUUAUAUCCAGACUUGUGCCAGGAGGUCUGGCUCAAAGCACAGGACUAUUAGCCGUUAAUGAUGAAGUUUUAGAAGUUAAUGGCAUAGAAGUUUCCGGGAAGAGUCUAGAUCAAGUAACUGACAUGAUGAUUGCAAACAGCCGCAACCUCAUCAUCACAGUGAGACCAGCAAACCAGAGGAAUAACGUCAUUAGGAACAGUCGGACUUCCGGCAGCUCUGGCCAGUCUACUGACAACAGCCUUCCUGGCUAUCCACAGCAGAUCGAACCGAGCUUUGAGCCAGAGGAUGAAGACAGCGAUGAAGAUGACAUUAUUAUUGAAGACAAUGGUGUGCCACAGCAGAUCCCGAAGGCUGUUCAUAACACCGAGAGCCUGGAAUCAUUAACACAAAUAGAACUCAGUUUUGAAUCUGGACAGAACGGUUUUAUUCCUUCUAGUGAAGUGAGCUUAGCACCCUUAGCAAGUGGCACAAACACAGAAUUUGAAACGCGUGCUCCAGAUCAGAAACUCUUAGAAGAAGAUGGAACAAUCAUAACACUAUGAAACCAUCACGUUUGAAUGUUUUCUGAGUGAGGAUGCCAUGGAGACUUGUAAAUUUGGCUAGUUUAAAGCAUAUAUACCUCUGAACCAGUGAUCUGGGAUAGGCAUGAAAAAAAUAUAUUGCAAGCUUAAAAUGUUAUUAAAAUAGUAGUUUGAUAAUUAAUAUAAACUUCGGUGGGUCAGAGGUGAAUUUAAGUCUAAAACAAAGGGGCCUUUGCUAAUGAAAUGAUGUGCUUUUGCUAUUUUGUCUAUAGAGAACUGGAUGUUAGAGCACAUUCCCAGAACUACACAUAAGGACUAGAUCAUUUCCGUUUUAAUUCUAACGUGAAGAAGUCUGAGUCUAUCUUUCGAUACUUUGGGACCUUGGCUCCUAUAUUCCCCAUGUUGUAUUUUGAUUUUUUAAUAUUGUUCCUCUGUUGCUAAUUGUAGCGAGUAAUUUUUUCAAAUGCUUUUUUUCCCCCCUAAUUUCUAAGAAAUCAAAUCAAUUGACUGUUUUUAGGGGUUGCUUCCUAAGUUAUAAAGCAUUGAAGCUAUGUUCCUGAAUUAAGAAACUCUAACGGUUGUUCAGGUCCGUGUUUGCCCAUCUUGUAGCUUUCAUAUUUACAAACCCAUUCCAUUUGGGCAUCACUUAUGUUGUGAAAGGCAGUUCCAUCGACUCUGGUGAUACGGGAGACUCUCUCCCGUAACCUCUUCUUGUCCUCAUUCCAGAUCUCAUUAGAAAUCAUUCCUUUUGUUGUUUGUGUGUAUAUUUUGUUUGUCUGCCUUUUUACUCUUUUAAUGUAUUUGAGUAGUGUGAGUUAUUUUCGUUAAAAAAAAAAAAUGCACCCAAACUAAGAGAUUUUUACACACAGGACAACCUUGUGCACUUUUUAUAUGAAAAUUUUGGGUUUUCCUUAAUGGGAUUUCUAGGAACACUGCCUACACUUUAUGAAAAGUAUGUCGUAUUCACCUUUGACAGGUAGAGUGUAUCUCGAUUAAUUUUAUGAGGCUAUUUAUUACUUUCCGAUGCAUCCACUUAGCAAGGUAAGAGUAAGGCUGCUAACUUUCGUUCCUUGCCUGGUUUCAUUGUAUGGAGGCACACAGGCACUACAGUAGCUUGUAUAUAGAGACUAAGACUAGUAUGAACUACAUGAGUUCCCUGUGACUUAUGGAUAUUUCUCUCAGAGUUAUUUAUUGAUUAAUUUUAUGCUAGGGCUAGAAUGGAUACCUUAUAACAAUUGUGUGCUAUUAAAACAAUGAAGAAUCAAAUGACUCCGUUUUGAAGGAUAUUUUCUCUAUAUGGUAAAAGUAUAUGAAGUAAAGUUGAUUAAAUGAAGCUCUCUUGACUCAGAAUACUUCAAUGUAUUUUGUUCACAUUUUACCACUAAACGUAUCACUAAACUCUUAACUGCACAACAUUAUGUAAUACGGUGUACUUUUUGUUGAAUUCAUUGAAGUUCUUCCAGUUAUAUAACCACUAUUUUUAAAUGGCAUUCCAGGUUUAACAUUCUGUUGAGUUCUAUAAGUUUGACUCUUUUUUUUUGCGGUACGCGGGCCUCUCUCAUUGCUGUGGCCUCUCCCGUUGCGGAGCACAGGCUCCGGACGCGCAGGCUCAGCGGCCACGGCUCACGGGCCCAGCCGCUGCGCGGCACGUGGGAUCCUCCCGGACCGGGGCACGAACCCGCGUCCCCUGCAUCGGCAGGCGGACUCUCAACCACCGCGCCACCAGGGAAGCCCUAUAAAUUUGGCUCUUGAAUGGCAAAAUGUUAAUAAGUAGAAGGUUACAUUUCUUUUAUAUUUUAAGCGGUGCAGGGCUUCAACAUUUUAAGUAAAAAUACUUUCACAUACUACCUCUCUCUCUUUCUCUCUCUUUUUUUUUUAACAAAGUUUUAACAUCAGAGCUUUUCUCUUAGGGGAAGAAAUACUUCAGGGCUUGACUUUUUGUACAACUUUUAACUGUAAAAUACAGAUUUGUCUUGUAUGUAUUCAUGAAAAUGGAAAUCAGAGCUGCUAGUGCUUUUUAAUUAUCCCACUAAGGGUAUAUGUCGACGGUCUUUUCAGCUGGAUCUCUCAUUUAAAUUAUUGGUGAAAGAAUUGAUUACUAGACGUAUUGUAAAACCAAUAGAUCUUGGUUAUACAAUAAAAUGUCGAUUCAUUGGUAGUCUGAAUUAUUUCAAGUGUACCUUAUUAACAAAACUAUCAGUGGACUCAGCAUAAAAUUUUAUAGUACUAAAUGUCAAGCUAACUGUGAAUUUUGUUCUGUAUCUUAAGUAAAUUUAUGAUAAUGUCCUCAUGAGCUAUCAACAAAAUAUAUGUACUUUUGUGAACUAUGGAUUUUCUAAUUAAAUUUUACAUGCAACAUGAUUUUUACAUGAAUGCUACUUUGUUUAAACUAUCAAAUGUCAGUAUUUUACUACAAUUUUAUUAUAAAAUGUACAUUAUCACUAAAUGAGCUUUGAUUUUAAAAAUCAAAUUAGCUUUAGUUGUAUAUUA